AUGGCCACUCCCACGCCCUUAGACCCUUUCCUCCGUGGAAGUACCAGCAAAACGACCAGGGGUCUACUCCGGAUAAUCAUCCUAUUCACUAUCGCUGCAGCCGCAGUGUCUGCACGUCUUUUCAGUGUCAUCCGAUUCGAGAGUAUAAUCCACGAAUUUGAUCCAUGGUUCAAUUUCCGUGCCACCAAAUACCUUGUGAAGCAUGGCUUCUACAGCUUCUGGGAUUGGUUUGAUGAUCGGACAUGGCAUCCUCUCGGUCGAGUUACAGGUGGUACUCUCUAUCCCGGUCUUAUGGUGACUUCCGGCGUCAUAUACCAUGUCCUUCGCCUUCUGUCGCUUCCUGUCGAUAUUCGAAACAUCUGCGUCCUUUUAGCCCCUGCCUUUUCUGGUCUUACCGCUCUUGCAAUGUACCUCUUGACAUCGGAGAUGUCUUCCUCGCCGUCUGCUGGACUUUUGGCCGCUGCUUUCAUGGGUAUCACACCCGGUUACAUCUCAAGAUCAGUCGCUGGCAGUUAUGAUAAUGAAGCUAUCGCUAUUUUUCUCCUAGUAUUCACCUUUUUCCUUUGGAUCAAAGCGGUCAAAAAUGGUUCUAUCAUGUGGGGAUCCCUAGCUGCCUUAUUCUACGGUUACAUGGUGUCAGCAUGGGGUGGUUAUGUCUUCAUCACCAACUUGAUUCCUCUACAUGCCUUCACCUUGAUUCUCAUGGGUCGAUACAGCUCAAGGUUGUACAUCAGCUACACCACCUGGUACGCUCUGGGUACGUUGGCGAGCAUGCAAGUCCCCUUCGUCGGUUUCCUCCCCAUCAGGAGCAGUGAUCAUAUGGCAGCUCUGGGUAUAUUCGGACUACUUCAAUUGGUCGGGUUUUUCGCCUUCCUCAGAGACCAACUCCCUGGAAAACAGUUCCAAACAUUGCUCGUUGCGCUGGGGGGGGCCAUCUUCGGACUUAUGUUCGUUGCCCUGGUUGCUCUGACAGUUUCAGGAACUAUCGCCCCUUGGAGUGGCCGCUUCUACUCCCUCUGGGACACCGGUUACGCCAAAAUCCACAUUCCUAUCAUCGCAUCUGUCUCCGAACAUCAGCCUACCGCUUGGCCUGCUUUCUUUUUCGAUCUGAACAUGCUUAUCUGGCUAUUCCCGGCGGGUGUGUACAUGUGUUUCCGCAAUCUCAGGGACGAACAUGUCUUUGUUGUCAUCUACGCCGUGCUAGCCAGUUAUUUUGCAGGGGUCAUGGUUCGUUUGAUGCUCACUCUUACACCGAUCGUGUGUGUUUCGGCCGCACUUGCGCUAUCUCAUGUCCUGGAUACUUAUUUGUAUGCCGGAUCACCUACUGAACCCUCUACUGAUGGAAGUAAUGGGGGAGUCAAACCCAGCAAAGCAACGGCAAACUUGUCCCUGCGAUCUGUCCGCAACCCACUUAUUGGCAUCUAUUCGCUCAUCUCGAAGUCGUUGAUCACUUCUAUGACUACCGGAUUUCUGCUCCUUUUCGUCGCCCACUGCACCUGGGUGACGUCUAAUGCAUAUUCGUCACCUUCUGUGGUUUUAGCUUCCCGACUUCCGGACGGAUCUCAACACAUCAUCGACGAUUAUCGGGAAGCUUAUUAUUGGUUAAGACAAAAUACUGCUCAAGAUGCAAAGAUCAUGUCAUGGUGGGAUUACGGUUAUCAGAUUGGUGGUAUGGCCGACCGACCUACUUUGGUCGACAAUAACACCUGGAACAACACUCAUAUCGCCACAGUGGGCAAAGCAAUGAGCUCAAGGGAAGAAGUCAGCUAUCCAAUUCUCCGUGCACACGAUGUCGACUAUGUUCUUGUCGUUUUUGGCGGACUUUUGGGUUACAGCGGUGAUGACAUCAACAAAUUUUUGUGGAUGGUCAGGAUCGCAGAGGGCAUUUGGCCUGACCAGGUGCGUGAGCGAGAUUACUUUACCGCACGUGGCGAAUACAGAGUCGAUGAGGAGGCGACUCCAACGAUGAGAAAUUCGCUAAUGUACAAAAUGUCGUACUAUAACUUCGACAAACUCUUCCCUGCCGGCCAAGCGCAAGAUCGCGUUCGUGGCUCGCCUUUACCUGCACAGGGCCCCGAACUGAGCACGUUGGAAGAGGCGUUCACCAGCGAGAACUGGAUCAUCAGGAUCUACAAGGUGAAGGAUCUCGAUAACGUCGGCAGAGAUCACCAGAGCGCCGUGGCCUUCGAGAAGGGACACAAGAAGAAGCGCAAGACAGGCGGCAAAAAGGGCGUCCGCGUCCUCCGCGAGGAUUAA